AAGUAGAGGUGGGUUUCCCCUGUGAAUCACGUGGGAAGGGAGGAAAAAUAGGCUGCUGCCAUGAUCCGGCUGGGAGUGAGGCUUCUGAGGCAGGGAUCCGGUCGGAGGCUUUUUUCAACUACGUUGUCAAAACAGGCAGAUACUCCAGGUAAUACUGCUGUUUUGGUUAAUGCAGUUUCCUUAAGAGAAACACAGCCUGCUGUAGUCUCCAGUAAUCCCAUCCUAAGGAAAUGCAGCAUUGCCAUCCCCAAACACCUCUCACCUGUUCAGGCCUGGGUAGAGUCUUUGAGACAUUACGAUGCAAGGCAUAUGGGCUUGGCAGAUCUACAUCCAGAUGUAUUUGCAGUAAUGCCCCGGCUUGAUAUCCUACACACAGUGGCUGUUUGGCAGAGAAAUUUCAAGAGAAUUAGUUACGCUAAGACAAAAUCACGUGCAGAGGUACGUGGUGGUGGCAGGAAGCCCUGGGCACAGAAGGGCAGUGGACGGGCUCGGCAUGGCAGUAUCCGGUCACCGAUAUGGCGUGGUGGGGGGAUUGCCCAUGGGCCGCGGGGCCCUACCAGCUACUACUACAUGUUGCCCAUGAAAGUGCGGGUCCAAGGCCUCAAGGUGGCAUUGACAACCAAACUGGCACAGGACAGUCUCCAUGUCGUAGAUUCUCUAGAGAUACCAACCUCCGAUCCCCAGUAUCUGAUGGAUCUGGCCCGCUACAGGCACUGGGGAGCAUCAGUGCUGAUUGUAGAUGUCAAUGAAAUCCCUGAAAACAUCAAAUCUGCGGCAGACAGCCUUAAAACCAUCACAUUAUUGCCUGUCAUGGGUCUUAAUGUAUACAGCAUGCUGAAGUAUGAGACCCUCGUGCUUACUUUGGAUACAGUCGCCUUCUUGGAAGAAAAGUUGUUGUGGCAUGACACACGAUAUAAACCGCUAUACCCCUUCCGAUUGCCCUACAGCGACUUCCCAUAGCCUUUGUGUCAAUGAUGGACUUUGCGCAUUGGCAACUGCAAGCAAAGGAUUACUUCCUGUUCUGUACUCACUGAACAGUAUGAUGUUUUUCUAAUGUGUAUAUUAAAACUGACUUGUCUACCGGAA